AGUUGAGGAUGUGACAGACAUUGUUAUCAUUAUCUUUUAAAUCCGUUUACUGCAUCAUCCGAGAAUGGUUCUACACUAACAAGCUUUUUUAUUAAUUUUCUCAGUGAAAAGGUUUAUUUUAUUUUAUUUUAUUUUAUUUUAUUUUGGGUCCUUGUUUUACAAACAAACGACAACUAAAUAAUUUUCUUAAAAAGAUUAUAAUAAUCUAUAAUUAAGUUAUACGUGUGAACACUAGUUGAAUGGCAAAGAAUGACUCUGGCCUAUCUCAUACCGCUCAUCAACUCAUGCCCGAAUCUCCGCGUCAUCGGAGCCGCCCACGCCGCCGCCGCCAAGCGCGGCGUCGCCUCCGACCCCUCCCUGCGCGCCUCCCUCGCCGCCGCGUACGCGCGCCGCGGCUCCUUCCCCGACGCCCACCACCUGCUCGACGAAAUGCCCGAACCAAACCCCCUCCCCUGGAACGCCGCCAUUUCCGCCUUAUUCCGCUGCGGCGAUUGCGACGCCGCAUGCAAGCUCUUUAGCCUGAUGCCGCGCCCCAACGCCGUCACCUGGUCCGCCGUCGUCGCCGGCCUCGCCCAGAACGGACGCGUGCAAUGCUCGUUGCAAGCGUUUCGCGAAAUGAUAGCGCAGGCGCGCAGUGCACCGUGCGCAUCCAACACUAUUACAAGCGCCCUCUCCGCUUGCGGGAAGCUGCGUGAUCUCGCGCUCGGACGACAAGUCCACGCGUACGCCGUAAAGAUCGGCAUGUUAGCCGACGACGACGCGUUCAUUGGUGCGGCUUUGGUCGACAUGUACGGAAAGUGCUCGUGCAUGGGCCUCGCUAUGAAGGCCUUCUGCUUCUUGCGUGCGAAGAGUGUCGUCGCUUGGUCGUCGCUCGUUGCGAACUAUGUGCAGAAUAAUGAUUAUUUUGCUGCUUUGCAAGCAUUCAGAGAGAUGACGCUCGCCAAUUCUGAAGUUCCGAAUGCUGUUACUCUUACCACUCUGAUCACCGCAUGCGCGCGCAUUCCCAGCUUGUUGCAUGGGAAGGAGCUGCAUAGUGCUGUGAUUAGAAGGCGGCCGUCGGAGCCCGACGUAUUUGUGUCAACCGCUCUUGUGAGCAUGUAUUGCAAGUGCGGGUCGUUGGCGUAUGCUUGUCGUGUUAUGGAAAGUGAUGGAAGGGUUUUGGGUUCUAAUUUGACCCCGAUGUGGAAUGCCAUGAUAGCCGAGCAUGUGGCGAACGAUCGCGUGAAUGAUGCUUUGUCUAUGAUCAGAUUGAUGGGUGGAGCUUUGAGGAAUAGAGUAGCAUUGAACUCUGUGACAAUGGCAACUGUUCUUCCAAUUUGUGGUAAAUCUGUGUCGCUCCUUCACGGGAAGGAACUCCAUUGCUAUGCCGUGAAGUUUGGUUUAGGUAGAGAGACUGUUGUUGGGAACGGAAUUUUGGAGAUGUACUGCAAGUGUGGGAAGAUCAAUUUGGCGCAACAUCUGUUUGAUAGAAUGCCUGAAAAGAGCGUUGUAUCGUGGACAACGAUGAUCGACGGUUAUGGUAAGCAAGGUAACGGUCACAGUGCGAUCAGAGUGUUUGAAAGAAUGGUUGACGAGCGCAAUGUGGAUCCAGAUCAUAUCACCUUCGUGGCACUUGUCUCUGCUUGCAGCCAUUCUGGUCUUAUGGAGGAAGGUCUAAAAUACUCCGAGAUGAUGACUCGAGAGUAUGGGAUUAUACCAGCGAAAGAAAAUUAUGGAUGUCUGGUCGAUUUACUGGCUCGCUCUGGGAAUAUUGAUGAGGCGAUGAACAUUAUUAAGAUGAUGCCUUUAAGGCCUGGUACGAAUAUAUGGGGUACAUUAUUAGGCGCUUGCAGAAUACAUGGGAAUGUUGAUGAGGCGGAAUAUGCUAUGCAGCAUCUACUUGAGCCCCAACCAAAGGGAAGUGGGUUCCAGACACUGUUGGCAAAAGUUUAUGCGGAGAUGGGGAGAUUGGAUAGUGCUAUCAAAGUGCAAAAGAAGAAAGUUGAGACGGGUGUGGCAAGUAGACAGGGUUGUAGUUGGUUGGCGGCAGAAGGGGAAUACGGUUAUGGUUAAUUUUGAUUCUUAUUAUGAUUUAAGGUUUUAAUCAUUUGAAACAAAUGAGUUUUGAGCCCUUUGAUUGCUCAAACCAUUUUCAACCCCAAAUUGGCAGUUGAAAAGUAAAGAAGAGGAGCAGCUGCUCAAAGAAUCGCCUCUCAUUGAAGAUCCAACAACACUUCCAUUGCUAAUCGAGGAGCAACAGAUUCUAAAUCAGUUGAGCUGCUUGUGGAUGAACCAUCAAGGUGAGCUCGGUUUUCUGCCUGGUCACCGAUCAGCACAAGCUGAAGAUUGUGGUUGAAUCAAGUGCCAGACUAGUUGAGCUAGUUGGCUAAUCAACAAGUCGGUGGAGUUAUUGAUCAAUUGAAAGAAAUGUGCCAUAUUCCUACCUUUUCAUCUAUGCAAUUUUCCACCUUAAAAUGCAGAGCAAAUAAGGACUAAAUUAGAAUUAUGGAGAAAUUUAAAUCCAUCACAUUUAGGAUUAUGGGAUUUGAGAUGUUCUUAACCAGAUGUACAUCAGCGGGAAGUAAGCAAAUAAAUACGAUAACAAACUUGGUUUGUUGAGAUUCGUUAGAAUCAUUAAUUAAGUUUUGGAUGAGGUAUAGAGUGAAUAGUACAUAAAGUUAAUGCAGAAACAUUGAACCGAUGAUAUUCUUCUGGUUUAUCAUGUACUUGUCAUACAACUUUUGAACUGUGAUGUGGGCUUUUUAUGACUUGAUCCAUAAAUAUAUCAUGCUUGUUAUCUUUGUUUUUA